AUAUUUGUGGUUUUUGGACUGUCACCUUGGGCUUUCUUUGACAUUUUAUCAAGUAAAUGAUUGAUCAAUUCCUUUAAAAGAAUCAGCGGAUUAAUGGAUAAUGAAAAUAAUGUGAAGUUGCAGCCCUGGUUAGAAUUUGCUCACCUGAAAAACACAUUGUUUUCUUAGAUGUGACAAACAUUAAGACUAAUUUCUAAUGAUAUCUCACAUUAUUACUUGUACAAUACUUGAAAUUGAUUAUAGAACAAGACCUUAAAUUGACUCAAGUUUAACUCUGGCAUUUGUGGAGACAUGCUAGCGUCAUAUAUACAGUAAGAUCCUGUGGCUGCGUCUUUACACUUUGGACUCUUUUAGAUCAGAGAUUCCUUGAGGUCCUUUAGGAUAAAAAGGAUAAGCGCCUGUCGAGAAUAGAUACAACAAGCCAAGAAAUGAGCACACAAGAGAUCAUGUAAUAUCUAUCUGAUCUGGCUUUAGCUGAGAAGAAGAACAUUUAUUUUUACAUUUGUUGAAACGAAACUAUUCUAGAGAUGCACGAGGACAGUUGGACACAAAGAUGCUCCACAAAGCAGCACCUGAUACUGUCAUAAAUAAAUAUUCACUAGUGUUUAUCUGAGAAGAAUCUCCCCAAAGAGCCAGCUGUUUAUCAUUUGCACAACACACAAGCUGUGAGAGAUUAAAAUAAAACUCGUGUGAAAUCUAGAAAAGCAAAAAAUACAAAAUGCAGAAGUGAGAGUCAAGACAACAUCAACAUGUAGCGUCUCACUUCCAGGUAGCUGUCAGGGAAGGUUCGGUUUCGACCGCUCGGUGAGGCCGAUUCACAGGCUCGAGGUAGACUCAAGCGCGUAGAGGAGAGAGAAUAUAAUGUGUCAGGAUUUUGUUACCAGGAAGUGGGGCGAGUUAUUUAUAUUUCAACACCCGUCCUCUUGUACCCGAGGGAGAAGCAGUGGUAGUAACCUGAAACUAUAUAUUCAAACAUUGUCUGGUUCUGGAUGUGUCGACCCGUUAGAGAGAGAGAGAGAGAACAAUUGGCUUCAUGUUUGAGGAAUGAUGAAGACCAAAAGAAAAUAAAUGUAAAUAAUGUAAUGUAAUGUGCGUGUGUGGAAGGGUAAAGUGACCCUGUGAGGGAUUCAGGACUGGCAGAGGUGUUGGUAUGAAGAUCCAUGAGAAGAUUUUGACCCAUUACCUGUCAUGCACGUCUCCGGUAGAUAAAGAAGGAUAUCUCUUCAAAAAGAAAGAGCGAAAUGCCACCUACCAGCGGCGGUGGUUUGUCCUGAAGGCAAACCUGCUUUUCUACCAGGAGAGACCAGCCGACCGACACCUGCUGGGGGUCAUUGUCCUGGAGGGGUGUGCGGUCCGGCGCUCCGAGACUGACGGACAGUUUUCCUUUUCCCUGGUGUUUGAAGGUCCGGGACUCAAAACCUACAGAUUUGCAGCCGGGGAUCGCCAGACUCAGGAGAGCUGGGAGAAAGCUUUGCUCUCGGCCAGCCACUGUUACCUCUCCCUGCUGGUGAGAGACCUGGGGAGGCAGUAUGAAGAAGCGAAGCAGCUGCACGGCUCCAGUGAAUCUUGUCCCAGCUCUGCGGUCAGCGCCCCCAAACAGUCCACAACCCAGGUGAACCAGGGCUGCUUGCUGCCUUUGCAGGGUCCAACAGCAGCCGUCAGGGAGGGGAGAAGCUUCAGCACCAGCACCGUCUCACAAGCACGUUCAGUUCCCACUAAGGUGGCGGCUAAAAAGUCCCCCAAACUGUGGCACAGGAGAAACGCUCAUGUCACGCCACUUAACGGUCCGGCGCCUCUGUACGGCGAAUGGCCUCUGGUUGGUUUUAAUCCACUGGAGGAGUUCAGCAAACUCCACGAUUAUUACGGACAGGAAGUGAAGAAAGCUAGAGAGGAGUGGCUGAGGAGCCGACGAGCAGGAGAGGAGCGCAGUGAUGAAGAUCUCAUCGACCUGGGGUGAAAAAAACAGACAGUUUAGAAACUCUUUAAGAGGAACUGAGACGGAACGAUUCAUGUGUGUCAAAAAAAGGAACCGAACCGGACGUGUUUUGACUUAAACUGUAUUUAAGAACAUAGAUUUUUAAGCCCUGUAAAUGUGCUAAAUAUUCCUCCGUCGCAUAUAAUCAGUUUCUUGAUAUGUUAGAUUUAUUUCACAAGAAAACGAGACGGCCUUACAGUGUCCUCGAUACAACAGAGAAGGUCUCUGACGGUGCAGAUGCUGCACUUUUCACACACAAGAGUGAGAAAAGGUCUUCAGACAUGAAUCAGUCUGCAGAAAGGCUUUUGUCACAGCAUUUUGAUUUGUCAAAGUAGUAACACAGGUGUCUCUAAUGACAUUAACGAUGGCUCCGUUUUAUUUAAGUGUCCCUGUGAGCCAGAAUGCACAACACCAGGACCCUGAAACCGAAGCAGCUCGAUCACAUUCAACCGUUAUUUAUUUUAUUAUUUACACUUUUCCUACUGUGACAUAUCAAAGUAUUUUUAGUGAAAAAGGCCUAUUUAUUGUUUGUUCUCUAUAGUCUCCGCUAACGGGAACAUGCACACAUGUAGUUCCUUGAGCGGUUUUGUAUUCAAAUGUGGUGUAAAAAUAGUUUCAUCUAUGGCAGAAAAAGGCUUUAUGAUGCAGUAUUAAGCAAAGAGUAUUAUAUAUUUUUCAUUGCAUGAAAAAAUAAAAUCAGUCUGUUGACUUAAAGGCCUCAUAAUCAAUUAGUUGGCAUAUUAAUCACAUCUCUGUUACCAAAUCAGAGUCUACAGCUCUGUGAGGCUGUACUACUUACUGAUGUUUAGCAGGUAUAACAUCUGCUAAUUAGCACUAAACACAAAGUGCAGUUGAGGCUGAGUUGAGUCAUUAGUUGUAAAAUUUUGGACUAAUUGAAGUUUUCACCUGAUGAGUGAACAGUUGUUGAGACAUGUCACUCAAAACCACAAAUGCCAACGUCAUGGUGGCGUUAGAAGAAAAGUCAGAGCAUCAUCAAAGUCAGUAGGAUUCGUCCUCUGGGGAUCAUGAACGUCUGCAUAAACUUUCAUGUUAAUCCUUUUAAUACUUGUUGAAAUAUUUCAGUCUGGACCAAAGCUGGUGGACCGCCAGACCUACAAACACACGUUUAUUUCACAUUCUGGUCCAGAUCUUACAGUUUUGAAAAAUAAAAAAUAUUUGUAGUAGAAUUACAGGGAAACAGGACUGAAUUUGUUUAUGAAAUGGCAAAAAUCAUAUAGAAAUGGGAUCUUGAUUCUGAAUAUUUGACUUUGAAGCGAGCAGAAAGAUUCCUGUUGAGUAGGAACAAUAUUUUAUCUAACAAUAAAGCUGUUUUAAGAGGAAA